CGGUCCACGGACCGCUAAUUUUCGGUGGGCGCGUGGGCUCGCGCCUCUUAACGUCCUAUGCGCCGACGGUCGGCAGGCGGCGGCGGCGUGUGGAUGGAGGCCUCGGCCCCCGGCCGGGCGCAGCGGGGCUGGCGGCGGGCCCGGGCCGCGGUGGUCCUUGUGCUCUCCGCGCUUGUGCUGCGGGCGCCCCCGGCAGUUGGAUAUUUGGCUCGAUUACCAAGAGGUAUUCACUUGACCCAAGAUUCAGUGAAAAUUUUGGGAUCACCAAAUUUUCCAGUGAAAGUAUAUGUUAUGCUCCAUCAGAAGAGUCCACACCUGUUAUGUGUAACCCAACGACUGCGAAAUUCCGAACUGGUAGACCCAUCAUUCCAGUGGCAUGGGCCAAAAGGAAAAAUCAUUUCAGAGAACAGCACUGCACAGGUAACCUCCACAGGAAGCCUUGUAUUCCAGAACUUCGAGGAGAGCAUGAGUGGGGUUUACACAUGUUUUCUGGAGUAUAAACCUACUGUGGAAGAAGUUGCUAAAAAUCUCCAACUGAAAUAUGUCAUAUAUGCUUAUCGUGAGCCACAUUAUUAUUACCAGUUCACAGCUCGGUAUCAUGCAGCUCCCUGCAACAGCAUCUAUAAUAUUUCUUUUGAGAAGAAACUUCUUCAGAUUUUAAGCAAAUUGGUUCUUGACCUUUCAUGUGAAGUUUCCUUACUUAAAGCUGAAUGCCAUCGUGUUAAAAUGCAAAGAGCUGGUUUGCAAAAUGAGUUGUUUUUUACAUUUUCAGUUUCACCUCUAGACACUGAAAAAGGACCCAAGCCAUGUGCAGACCAUAGUUGUGAAUCUUCCAAAAGACUAUCUAAGGCUAAAAAUCUCAUAGAGAGAUUUUUUAAUCAACAAGUGGAAGUUCUGGGCAGACAUGCAGAGCCGUUGCCUGAGAUAUACUAUGUUGAAGGUACUCUCCAAAUGGUUUGGGUUAAUCGCUGCUUCCCAGGGUAUGGAAUGAAUAUCCUGAAACACCCAAAAUGUCCUGAGUGCUGUGUGAUCUGCAGCCCCGGAUCGUAUAACUCCCGUGACGGACUCCACUGCCUUCAGUGCAAUAGCAGCUUGGUGUUUGGAGCAAAAGCAUGUUUAUAGGCCAUUAUAUUCAGCACUUCAGUGGUUUGUUACACACAGAAGUAUAUUUUUGAAAUAUUAAUAUAUAAUAAAUCACUAUUAUGCCAACAUUAUAUAUAUUAGAUUUUACCAAAAAAUGGUGUCAUCAUUUUAAUUGAAACACUGUAUGUCCAAAUGCUUUAUACACAGAACAUUCAGUAACCUUUAUUCAUUAAUGCCAGACCUACGUAUGACUCCAGAAUAUUUCUUGGAUCACUGUUUUAAAACUAGUAUAUUGG